AUGAGCUCCGGAUCUCCUCCUCCAGGCCCAAAGCCUAAGUCUGCUAUUCCAUCUCACCUUUUGAAUGGUAGCUCUCCUCUUCACCCUUCCAAUACCACUGGCGGUCGUGACGCUCGUGAGCGCGAGAGUCUAAACUCAUCCAUCCGCUCCUCUUUUGCUCCUCGCAUCCCCGCUGAGUUCAACUUGCCGGAAAUAGAAACUCAUCAUGUCAGCGAUGCCGCCGAUACCUAUAAUGGACCUGUUCGGAAUUCAGGCAUUGCCUACCUUGAGCGAUCCCCCGCGAGACCCCAGAGACGAGGGCGGUGCUUUAACCCCCCGGCAAGUGCCAGUCGACCAUCUAGCCCGUACACUUCGAAUCCUCCAAUUGACUUUGACGGGUUGAGUUGGCCUUGCCCCGGCACGAGAGCACGAUUGGAAUCUACUCCUGAGCAAACUGAAGAGCGCAUUCAGAAACUUGCAGGUGCUGUAAGAACCAUUUUUGAAUGCAUUGGAGAGGACCCGGAAAGAGAAGGUCUGCGGGAGACCCCCGAGAGAUAUGCCAAGGCUAUGCUCUACUUCACCAAAGGCUACGAAGAAAAUGUCAGGGAUCUUGUCAAUGGAGCAGUUUUCCAUGAGGACCACGAUGAGCUGGUCAUUGUCAAGGAUAUUGAGGUGUUUUCCCUCUGCGAACAUCACAUGGUACCUUUUACUGGGAAGAUGCAUAUCGGAUACAUCCCUGACCGUCGGGUGCUUGGUCUUUCCAAGCUAGCCCGGCUGGCGGAGAUGUUCUCCCGAAGACUUCAGGUGCAAGAACGUCUCACCAAGCAAGUUGCCCUCGCCAUCUCGGAGGUUCUGAAACCCCGCGGCGUUGGUGUCGUCAUGGAAUCCUCCCACCUUUGUAUGGUGAUGCGUGGUGUGCAGAAGACCAGCAGCACCACGACAACCAGCUGCAUGCUUGGUUGCAUGCGGUCCAGCGCGAAGACCCGGGAAGAGUUCUUGACGCUCCUCAAUAGAAAGUGA